AUGCCUGAUGCACCGAAACCCGCUCCCAAGAAGGGCGCCAAGAAAGCUCUGUCCAAACCGGCGAGCAAGUCUGGCAAGAAGCGCAAGAGGACGAGGAAGGAGAGUUACGCCAUUUACAUCUACAAAGUGAUGAAGCAGGUUCAUCCCGACACCGGUAUCUCCUCCAGGGCCAUGAGUAUCAUGAAUUCAUUUGUGAACGAUAUUUUCGAGCGCAUCGCGGGUGAGGCUUCCCGCCUGGCCCAUUACAACAAGCGGUCCACCAUCAGCUCCCGGGAGAUCCAGACCGCCGUGCGCUUGCUGCUGCCCGGGGAGCUGGCCAAGCACGCCGUGUCCGAAGGGACAAAGGCGGUGACCAAGUACACCAGCUCCAAGUAAAGCUUACCCAGUGAGAUGAUCGAAAACACAACGGCUCUUUUAAGAGCCACUCACAAUUUCAG